AUGACGCCUGGCUCUGCAGCCAAAGGUGGGGAACAAUAUUUGCUUGGCGUCGGAAAAGUCUUGUUCCUCCAAAUCCUGUCCAUCACUGAGCAUCGGAGAGGAGAGAAGCUGUUUGUCACAGAAGGAAGUGGUUUGUUUCUAUUCAUGGCGAACCAUUAUGAAGCCUUGGGCUUGGGUCAUCGCCAAUUUGACGGAAGUUUGACAGCUCAAGACAUCAAGCAGGCAUAUCGCAAAGCUUUGCUCGAGCAUCAUCCGGACAAGGUGCAGACUGGAGACGCAUCUCGAACCGUGGAUUCCAUCACUGUCGCCUACAAAACUCUGUCCGAGCCUGAGGCCAAGGUAGAUUACGAUCGUGAACUACGUUUGCAGCAUGCGCGCAACAAAGGCGACAACAAGAUCUUCCACACCGGACUUGACAUUGUAGAUCUGGAUGAUUUGGACUACGAUGAGAAGACUGGUGAGUGGUGGAGAGGCUGUAGAUGUGGCCAGGACCGUGGUUUUGUCAUUACCGAAGACGAGCUGGAGAACGAGUCGCGCUACGGAGAACUCAUCACGGGCUGCAAGGGUUGCAGUCUGUGGCUCAAAGUCUUGUUCGGGGUUGAGGACGAAGAACAAGACGUCAAAAGCGUUGCUUGA